GACGCAAGACGCACAGUUCUUUUUUUGAAAGUACAUACUUUUAUGUUAUUUAAAUUUUGAAAGAAGUGCAAUGACUAUUUUCAACUGUUUCUCGUGUUGUUAUCAUUUACUGUAAUUUCGUCUUUGAUUUGAUAUCAUGACCCAUACGUAGCCGUUCAAGAGAACUUCAGAGUUAUAAUUUCGAUUCAGUCCAUCAUUCGGUUAUCAAUGUGUUCCACAUAGAUAACUUUUCUGUGAACUUUUUGAUAUUAUAAGCCAUUCAACUUUUCCAUUUCAUAUGAUUUGUUUUGCUUAACGAUGGAAGCACUGGUAGCAAGUCUUGAUGACAUUAAAUUCGACAUAGAAAUUGCCUUAGAAGAACAGCAUGGCGCUCUUCCGUUACCAUUUCCUGGAAUGGACAAAUCUAUCGCCGGUGUAUGUACUUUUUAUGCAAAAGGUACUUGCACCAAAGGCGCAUUAUGUCCUAUGAGACACGUACGAGGGGAUAGAAAUAUUGUUUGCAAACAUUGGCUGCGAGGUUUAUGCAAAAAAGGAGAUCAAUGCGAAUUCUUGCACGAAUAUGAUAUGACUAAAAUGCCAGAAUGUUAUUUUUAUGCGAGAUUUAAUGCUUGCCAUAACAAAGAAUGUCCAUUUCUGCAUAUUGAUCCUGAUAGUAAAAUUAAGGACUGUCCGUGGUACGACAGAGGAUUUUGUCGUCACGGACCCCACUGUAGACAUCAUCACGUUCGUAGAGUUUUAUGUACAAAUUAUGUAGCUGGAUUUUGUCCCGAUGGACCGAACUGUAAAUUCAUGCAUCCACGAUUUGAAUUGCCGGCUGGUGACAUUGGACAGAAAGAUCCCAAGAAGUUGGUAGUUAUUUGCCAUUUCUGUGGUGAUACCAAACACAAAGCUAUGUACUGUGAUAAAGUAUCCAAUGAUGUUAAAGAUCAAUUGAAUAAUGAAGAAAUGAAUAAAUUGCAACAUAAUGGCCAACAGCUCGAUGCUACCAAUCCACAAAAAUUGAUUUUAAAACCAUUGGAGAGUGUUACAUGUUACAAAUGUGGUACCAAAGGUCAUUAUGCUAACAAAUGUCCGAAAGGUCAUCUCGCGUUUUUAGCUCUGAAUCAACAAAAUAAAGAUGGUAUAAACGAUUCAUUAAACAUGCAUGAUAAUGAACAGAAUAAUAUAGGAUGAUGAACCUGAAGGAAUGAAGCAGGGAAACACUAAAGAAGGAAAGAUUAAUCGUAUUUUCACUUGAAUUAAUAUAAUAUAUUUUGUACUUGGUUUUGAAAGCAAUAAUACAACUUCAUUAAUUGAUAA